AUGGAAGUACAUCGGUGCUACAUCAACACGGAGCAUAAUCCUGCAGAUAUUGCAACUAGGCCAGAAACAUGGAUUGAGAAAAAACAUUUAUGGUUCCAUGGACCAGCAUUCCUUGCCGCAGACAAAAGAACGUGGCCGAGAAAUAUGCACCUGGAAGACCACGUCGUGUCUGUUUCAGCAGCGGCGGAGGGUCUGGACGAGGUACAGACACUAAUUCUCGACGAUGGUCCUAGUGAAGAAAUUGAGAGGACACAGUCAGCGGUACAGAUGAACUCUCAACUACAGGAAAUCAUAGAUUUGCAAUCCAGUCACUUUCCUGAAGAAUUCAAGGGCAAAGAAACACAUCUGACUCGAAACCUAGGAUUGUUUAAAGAUGUAGACGGUAUUCUUCGUUGUAAAGGUCGUUUGAUGCACGCGGACUUAUCAUACGAAACUCAGCAUCCGAUCUUACUACCGAAGGAUUGUGAAUUCACGACAAAGAUAAUAAAAGAUGCUCAUGAAAGGCACUACCAUGUAGGCGUACCACAUACACUGAUUGUAAUACGUCACCGAUAUUGGAUACCUCAAGGCCGAGUACAGGUUCGAAAGGUUAUUCAAAAAUGCCCACAGUGUAUUAAGCACGGCGGAGGCCCAUACCAGCUGCCUAAAACCCCGGCUCUGCCAGUUGAAAGAGUAAAGUAUUCAAGUCCAUUUACAUAUACAGGCGUAGACUACUUUGGCCCAAUGCAUGUUGAAACAAGUAAUGGCAAAGAAAAGAGGUGGAUCUGCUUAUUUACAUGCCUGGUGGUACGAGCCAUUCAUCUGGAGGUAGUACAAGAUAUGAGAGCGGAGGAAUUCCUACUGGCACUUAGGCGAUUUGUGGCUUCCAGAGGAGCCCCUUCACAUAUUAUGUCUGACAACGCGAUGCAGUUUAAAUUGAUGUCUGAAGUCUUGUCAAGUAACUACUGUACACAAAAUAAGAUCUCUUGGAAAUGUAUACCACAAUUAGCACCCUGGCAUGGUGGCGUAUACAAGCGACUUGUAUCGGUGGUGAAACACUGUUUGAAGAGGACAUUGGAGAAGCACCUGUUGAGCGACCACCAGCUGUUGACGGUCCUGAAGGAAGUGGAAGCCGUAGUCAAUACAAGACCUCUUACUUAUGUGGGAGCAGACGUGGACUAUGUUUUGAAACCGGCAGACUUUUUAUCGAUGGGUAAAUGUUUAGAGUCAGAUCUGCCUAUUGACCAGUUGACUCCUGCAACCAUUACAAAGGAAACACUCGUUGAAGGAUGGAGAAGGGGCCAGAAAGUGAUGAAAGAGUUUAAGAACAUGUUUAUAUCUCAACCUUAG